GAAAUCAUAAAGCUCAAUGAGGACUGUAACAUUCAUGGCCUUGUACUUCGCCACUUUAACAAGUCAUAUACAAGCAAAAUACUGAACACUGUGAAACCAGAGAAAGACGUGAAUGGAAUAACAGAUGUUAACUUGGGAAGAUUAGUUCACGGAGACAUGAAUGAGUGUGUCAUUCCCCCCAUUGCUAGUGCAGUGAUCCAGCUUCUGGAAAAACUAGCAAAUACUUCCCUAGAUGGGAAAAAGGUGUUACUCUUAGGAGUUGAAGGACCCGUAGAAGUCUCUCUGCAGUGCCUUCUUCAAAGAAAAGGGGUCAUGACCAUGAGCUGCCCUUGGAAAUUGAAGCAACUCCAGGCUACGCUUCAUGAUGCUGACUUAGUCGUAGUAGGCAGUGCCAAACCCAAAGAGAUUCCAGUUGCAUGGGUGUCUGAGAUGACUGCUGUGAAUUGUUCACAUGACUUUUUACAUGGAUGGUAUAGUUACAAUGAGCAGCCUCUAAAAGACAGUGACCAGACCCCUGGUGAAGUUGUAGAUCAUCUGGCAAUGGCAGUAUGCCUGCAGAAUUUGGUAAAAUUAAGUGAGGGAUGGAUACAGGCCCAGCAGUAUAAGAAAUGGAACCUCCGUUGCUUGAAACUUCAUCCCUGCUCACCUGUUCCCAGUGAUAUUGAGAUUUCCCGAGGACAGAAUCCAAAAGCUGUUGAUGUCCUAGCCAGGGAGAUAGGAUUGCUCACAAACGAAAUUGAAAUCUAUGGCCAAACCAAAGCCAAAGUACGCCUGUCCCUGCUGGAAAGGUUAAAGGAUCAGCCAGAUGGGAACUAUGUGCUGGUUGCUGGGAUUACACCAACUCCUCUUGGAGAAGGGAAAAGCACUGUAACCAUUGGUCUGGUUCAAGCUCUAACGGCCCACCUUAAAGUAAAUUCUUUUGCCUGUCUGAGGCAACCUUCGCAGGGACCUACCUUUGGUGUUAAAGGUGGUGCAGCUGGGGGUGGAUAUGCUCAAGUCAUACCAAUGGAAGAGUUCAACCUGCACUUAACUGGAGAUAUUCAUGCCAUUACUGCAGCAAAUAAUUUAUUGGCUGCUGCUAUCGAUGCUAGGAUUUUGCAUGAAAACACUCAGUCUGAUAAGGCCUUGUACAAUAGAUUGGUUCCAUUAAUUCACGGAGUGAGGAAAUUUUCAGCUAUACAGCUUGCUCGCAUGAAACGGCUGGGCAUAAAUAAAACGGAUCCUGAGACUUUAACGGCAGAAGAGAUUCACAAAUUUGUGCGACUUGACAUAGACAUAUCUACAAUAACAUGGCAAAGAGUGCUGGAUACAAAUGACAGAUUUCUUAGGAAAAUAACAAUUGGGCAGGCCAGUACAGAGAAGGGUUUUUCUCGUCCGGCUCAAUUUGAUAUUGCUGUUGCAAGUGAAAUCAUGGCAAUCUUAGCGCUGACCACCAGUCUGUCAGAUAUGAAAGAAAGAUUGGGGAAGAUCGUAGUUGCUAACAACAAAAACGGGCAGCCGGUGACAGCUGAGGAUUUGGGAGUAACUGGUGCUUUGUCAGUUUUGAUGAAGGAUGCAAUUAAACCAACACUCAUGCAGACAUUAGAGGGUACUCCAGUUUUUGUGCAUGCUGGACCCUUUGCAAAUAUUGCUCAUGGUAAUUCUUCAGUUUUGGCAGACAAAAUUGCCCUUAAAUUAGUGGGCAAAGAUGGAUUUGUAGUGACUGAAGCUGGUUUUGGUGCUGAUAUUGGGAUGGAGAAAUUCUUCAACAUCAAAUGCAGAUCUUCUGGCUUGGUUCCCAGUGUGGUUGUGCUCGUUGCUACAGUGAGAGCAUUGAAGAUGCAUGGAGGUGGGCCAAACGUAACAGCUGGUGCCCCUCUGAAGAGAGAAUAUACAGAAGAGAAUCUCAAGAUGGUAUCUGAUGGCUGCAGUAAUUUACGAAAACAAAUUGAAAUUGCACAACUCUUCGGUGUUCCUGUUGUGGUUGCUUUAAAUGUUUUCAGGACGGACUCUCCUGCUGAGAUUGAUUUGGUCUGUGAGAUUGCCAAGCAGUCUGGAGCCUCUGAUGCAGUGCCUUGCAAUCAUUGGUCCGAUGGAGGCAGAGGAGCUGUGGAAUUGGCUCAGGCCGUAAGAAGAGCUGCUAAUCAGCAGAAUACAUUCAGAUAUCUGUAUGACCUGGAGCUUCCCAUUGCAGAGAAAAUAAGGAUCAUAGCACAGAACGUCUAUGGAGCUCAAGAUAUAGAACUGUCUCCAGCCGCACAGUCUCAAAUAGAUCGUUAUAGCCAACAGGGAUUUGGAAAUCUGCCAAUCUGUAUGGCUAAAACUCACCUGUCCCUGUCACAUAUGCCUGAAAGGAAAGGCGUUCCAACAGGCUUCAUCCUGCCUAUUAGUGAUGUGAGGGCCAGCAUCGGGGCUGGUUUUAUUUAUCCUCUAGUCGGAACGAUGAGCACUAUGCCAGGAUUGCCUACAAGACCUUGCUUCUAUGAUAUCGACCUCGACCCUGAAACAGAACAAGUCAAAGGGUUGUUUUGAGUGCACUCAAAAUCAGACUUCUGGAAAUAUAAACUGCAGCUUCCAUGUUUCUUAAAGUACAAGACAAGCAUGAAUUUGAAGAAUUCCUGUAAUGCGUCUCUGGAAGAAUUCUGGUAUAGACCAAAGCCCAAG